AUGAUCGCAGUGUUGAAGUGUGCAGAGAAUGCGACCAUCGGAUUGGCCGGACUUCGCAACAAAAACUGCCAGAGUUUGUCAGCCGACGCCGGUUCUUCAGGAGGAGGAGGUAUCCCUGAUGUCAACCCUCAGUACAUCGGUUCCCAUACUAUUCCAACACGAAGACAUCGCCUCAAACUCUUCGGAUGUUUUGGUGAAUUACUUGACGUGAAAACAAGUAUCGGUACAGUUAGGGGACAGACCGUCGAUAUAUUUAACAUAACUGUUAAACAGUUUUAUGGCAUUCCGUUCGCUGAGCCACCGGUCGGUGCCCUUAGGUUUUCAAAACCCUUACCACUCAAACCCAUUAAGGAUGUGAUUGACUGCACUAAACAAAAGCACUCGUGCUAUCAAAAUGACAACUUUUUGGGACCACUGGUGCCCGACGUUAGCGAAGACUGUCUAGUGUUAAACAUAUGGGCGCCAAAUGAUGCCAAGAGUGGUAACCAGACGGCGACCGCACCCUUGAAAGCGGUCAUGUUUUGGAUAUACGGCGGCGCCUAUAAGGAUGGCUCCAUAUUUCUGCCCACAUAUGACGGCCGAGUGUUGGCCACACACGACAUAGUGCUGGUGACCGUCAACUACAGGGUCGGCCCGUUUGGCUUUCUAUACGGCGGCGAAGAGACAGCGCCGGGCAAUUUGGGACUCUAUGAUCAACUCUUAGCGCUUAAAUGGACUCGUGAAAACAUACAUUUGUUUGGCGGAGAUCCCAAUCAGAUAACCAUAUUUGGUGAGAGCGCGGGCAGUUGGUCAGUGACCGGGCAUAUCAUGUCUCCCCAGUCUAGAGGUCUGUUCCGUAGGGCUAUUAUGGAAAGUGGGGCCAUAUAUAUGGACAAAGACGCCGGCAUUUUGAGCAAAACCAAAGCUCUGGCCGAAGCCAAACAGAUGGCCAAAGUGUUCAACUGUUCCGAUGAUAGCCAAUGGUUGCAGUGUUUGCGUUCAAUCGACGCCAAGAAGUUAAACAAUUAUACACUUCUCGACACUUAUCCCAUAUAUGACACUGACUUCUUGCCCAUCAACGCUCAGCACGCCUUCAAAACACAUAACUAUAGCGCCGACAUCGACAUAAUGGCGGGCGUUAUGCGAAACGAGGGCUCAGUAUUGGCGCACACUUUCUACCCGAUCUCAGACACCAUCAAAACACGCCAAGACUUCUCGGAUGUGAUCCAAACGCUUCCCCUCCCGGGUAUGGCUGAGGACAAGAUCACCGAAUUCUACCUCAAAGACGUGGCGGUGAACGCGACGAACGGCACGAAGAGAGCCUUCUGGAACUUCUUCGGUGAUGUUGUCAUCACUUGUCCCACAUAUCUGUUCGCCAAAGACUUUGCGGUCAAUUCGCCCGAUCGUGACGUGUAUUUCUUCGAGUGGACGUAUCCGUCGAAGUUUGUCGGACCGGUGAUGGGCUGCACACCCGAGAUGGGUGUCUGUCACGCGGCGGAGAUUGAGCACGUGUUUGGCCUCCCGGUGCUCAUGAAGUCGCCCGACAGUGCAUUUAGUAACUCUGUGGUCAAUAUGUGGACCAAUUUUGCCAAAACUGGCCAACCGAUGGCCGGCACGCCAUACAAGUGGCCCCGACUCAUAGAGGCUGGCGCUGAGAACCCGGUGCCUAAAUUCAAAGAGAUAAACCCCUCGACGCCCGACCAUAUCUUCGAUGAUUUAUUGGCUAAAACUUGCGAUGGAUUUUGGAAAACAUAUUAUAAUUGA